ACUCCAACAACCUGCCACAUAAACCCCUUUCUCAUUUUAUCUAUAAAACCAAACAUAUAACAUUUUACCAACAAAAACAUAUGACAUUAUCAUAUUAAACAAGAAAUUUGUACAAUAUUGAUCACAAAUGGCUUGUGGGAGUUCAUCAACAGCAAUGGCAGAGAAGAUUUCAUGGAACUGUGCUCUAUUUGUGGCACUAAUGUUUGUGUUAAGUAUAUGUGAAUCAGGCACAAAUGAUGAAUUCAAUCUUCAAAUUCAGAAUAUGCUGCUGGAGAAUGAUUUUAGCAGUAAUAUUAAUGUGAACAACAACAUGUACAACAAAGUUUGUGAUGAAAUAUAUGUUGUUGGUGAGGGAGAGACACUUCAAACAAUAAGUGAAAAAUGUGGUGAUCCUUAUAUUGUUGAAGAGAAUCCACAUAUUCAUGAUCCUGAUGAUGUUUUCCCUGGCCUUGUUAUCAAGAUUAACCCUUUUAUUGUUGUUUCAUAAAUAUGUUUAAAUUUCAAUCUAAUAUUAAGGACUAUGUUUUUCAAUUUUAAUAUGGAUAAUUUGAAUAUUCAUCAUGUAAAUUGCUUAUGUUUGGAAGCCGGAUAAUUUGACUGUUUUUGGA